AUGUCUGCUUCAGAGCCCGAUGAAUCACUAAAGAUCGACAACCUUAGACUUCCAUCUACGACCAACACCAUCACAACUCGGACCAUGAAGGAUACUAAAUUGCGCAGGAGUUGUCCAAGCGGUUCCCCACCCCAUGAUAACAAUGUCAGUAGAGAGAUUGUCAUGUCUGAAGAUGAUAAGAAUGCUGGCACCUCUAUGCAACAAGAAUCUCCGAAUGAGCAUUCUCUGUCACGAAUCCCGCAGGCAAAAACUGUAAGCGACCAGAGCACUAAUACCCAGGCCCCGUUAUCUGUAUCAGUACAGAGAUAUGGGAGAGUACGGGGUCGGCACGGUUUGAAGUGGGUGAAGCAAAACUAUUCUGUGGCGGAGCAGUUGAAACGAGAGCAGUUGGAACGGGACCAAGGUGACCAAGGUGAGUGCUCUAAGCCUACGUUGAAAGAUGGCGCAAAGCUAGAAACUUUGGCUCUCACAACUUCUUCGUUUCCUAACUCGGACAAAUGGUCUCUGGAGAACCUACCAGAAAUUCUUUUCUACCUCAAAUUACCCAAGUCGGAAUAUGAAGGGCAGCCUAUUGAACUGCUCGAAGAAGAUGGUAAAGUUGUCAGAGUUGGGAAAGAUGAAAAGCCACUUCGGGCCUUCCCAAUCCUUCCACGCCACAUAUCGGUUGAGGUCGAGGGAUGGUUGGUCGAGGCUUGGCGCCGGCUAGAUCCACGUAUCACAUAUGCAGACAUUCUUGACCGUCAGACUGAAUGUCCCGAAAGGAUGAUUAGGAAGCUGGACAGAAAUGCUCUUUCGAAUCGUUGCACACGUGAGUGUCGUAAGGUGCUUGGCAGCUGGACCAGUUAUGAUAAGCGAGAUAUUCCACAUCGCACCGAUGUCGAAGCUAUCGAAAAGCUCUCAUAUCAGAAUAUCUUGCUCAACACCAUUCUUGAUGUCUGUCCAGGUCGGCAAGAUCGACUGAAAAGAGUUCGCAUGGUGAGGAAGACUGGAGAUGAUUGGGGCAAGCUCUACGCAGAGCCAGUUGAAUUUGACGCGACGGACCUGCACGAGAAGACCUUUCCGCUUGAUCAUUUCAUCCUUAAAUCAGAAGUGCCUCUAGAUGGACUCCAUUCCAUGGAUGACGCCAUGCUGGCUUCCUGGGAGUUGAGUCUCAUUCUUCAAGAACGAGCGCGGCUCCACAAACAGUAUAGCUGGGCAACGCUUCCAGAUCGUUGCAAACCUGUAAGCUGGUAUGACAGGACAGGAGGAGGCAAGCGAGUUCAAAAUGACACUUUUGACGGCGGCUGUCCAGUGUGCACAUGGGUUCCUGGUAGAGAUCAGUUACUGCACAAAGAAUGGAUCGAUGAGGUUAGAUCUGCCUGCAGCAAGCCAGCCAGCCGCAAGCCAGCCAGCCGCAAGCCAGCCAGCCGCAAGCCAGCCAGCCGCAAGCCAGCCGCCAAAAAAGGUGCUAGCUCUGGUAGCUCCAAGAGAAGAAAGUUGGACAAUGGGACAGGUCAGAAUACGUCUAUAGAUCCAGCUAAAGAUGUGGAUAAAGAGUGUGAAUGUUGUAAAGAGACGGAUGCUUUCAUCGAGUCCGGUUCUGCAUGCAGCAAGUACCCUUCAGACAAAUUUCGACGUGGUGAAAUUAAGUCUUACUUUCGCGACCCAGAUCAUAUCGGAGAGGCCCAGGUUGACGAUGUUGUCCGCAGCACAGAGGUACACAGCAGGGUUGACGACCAUAAGAGAGACAGCAUGACCAUGCACAGCGCAGAACACUUUGGGGAUUUUGAAACUGGAGGUGAGGGCUCGGCAGAAGAUUUGGAGAUACACAUGUGGGCUCCGAUUGACACACAACCUGAUAAAUCACAGACUUCUGUUUCCGAACUCAGUGUCUCCGCACGUUCAGAGUCGGGCAACAUCGAUACUGCUCCGCUACAAUUGACGACCACCCAGAUAGAUCUGAAUGGCGUUGGAAGUCACUUCAUCCCGGGUGAUGCAGAAUACUCCUCUGAACAUGCGCAAGACCAGAUGGUGAUCAGUAAUGAUGGAAACAUGGGACCAGCGUACUAUCAGCAGUCUAGGGCUGCUACAGGUCUCUUGCCUUUUGAAGGAUUUGUUACCAAUGAGCCUCAAGAUGGUGACUCUGAGGUCCAAUUAUGGCGGGGAGAUGUAUCGACCUUGCAAGUUCAGGAUAUGGGGCCCUCAGUUGGUGCAUCUGAUUAUGCUUUCGAUGAAUAUGCAAGCUGGGCGGUACCGAUCGAUCACCAAGCACCCAGCUUCGACGUUGCCACUGGAUCCAAUCUUGUAUGGACUCCUACCCCUCAAGAAUAUCCACCGCUAGGCGAUGACAACAACACCUUGGAACAGGAAAUAUAUGGUAUUGGGAACCAAUCUCAAUCAUCUCCUGCCAACGAAUAUCUGUGGAGUCAAGCUUCGCCUCCGGCUAACCAGAGUAAUUCCGCAUUCUCACCACCCACGGAUACCAUACCGGGCCUUACAAAUAGUAUUCGCACUGCAAGUGAUGUCUCGGAACCUGAAAUCACAGGGUCAGACAGUUUCGCAAUGGAGUUCACCGAAAUCACAGAGAUGGAAAAGCAGGCCAAUUUCUCUGGAUUAUGGUGA